AGGAAGAAAAGGAAGAAAAUAUUUAGUUACCGGUACGGCGGAAUCGGAAACGAGUGUCAGAUUUCGCGGCGGCGGGAGUCCAAAAUGGCUUGUGGAUGUUUAUGUGCUUCCAUACUUUCUUACCCGAAGCUCCCUUCUCUUAAUUAUUCAGCUCUUACUAAAACUAGGUUGCUUCGUCGUUCCCCGGUUUCUUUCCCUUCGCCAUCUAAAUUAUCAGCUCUCAAGUGCAAGGCUGCUGGCCAAACCUCCCCCAGUCCCACCGUCUAUCAGGGAAUUUAUGGUCCUUGGACUGUUGAUUCUUCCGACGUUCGAGAGGUGAUUUUAUAUAGAGGGGGAUUAGUGACAGCUGCUACCUCUUUUGUGAUUGCUUCAUCAGUUGCCUUUUUACCCGAUAACUCUUCAUUGGGUGAUACACUUAAGCAAAAUCUUGAUUUGCUUUAUGUCCUGGGUGGAGGAGGAUUAGGCUUAUCUCUAUUCUUGAUUCACAUAUACGUAACUGCAAUUAAGCGAACUCUUCAAGCUCUAUGGGUGCUUGGUGUUGCUGGAUCUUUGGUAACUUACUUAAAUCUUGCACAACCAGCUGGGGAGAGCUUAGUGCAGUAUGUUGUUGAUAAUCCAUCAGCUGUCUGGUUUGUUGGUCCUCUCUAUGCAGCACUGACUGGACUUGUCUUCAAAGAAGGGCUUUGCUACGGGAAGCUGGAGGCUGGGAUUCUCACCUUUAUCAUACCUACGCUACUUCUAGGUCACCUGACUGGUUUGAUGGACGACGGGGUUAAACUUGCUCUGUUAGGUUCAUGGAUGGCUCUCUUUGUAAUAUUUGCUGGAAGAAAGUUCAGUCAGCCAAUCAAGGAUGAUAUUGGUGAUAAAUCUGUUUUCAUAUUCAAUGCACUUGGAGAAGAAGAAAAGAAAGCCUUGAUUGCAAAGCUUGAGCAGCAAGGGGUUAGUCAGAAUGCUGAUUAGAGGAAUUGCAGGAAGAACCAUUUUAAUCCAGUCUUAGCAGAAGAUAAGUCCAUACUUUCUUACUGCAUCUUGUACUAUAGUUAAAUAGUUUAUACACAACACUACUACUAGUAGUAGCUGUUCAUAUUAUUUUUGCAGUAUAAUAUAUAUAAUACGAUUAGAAGGAUA